AUGAGCGCUGAGGAAGUCUGCCGACGGGAGCUUGCCGAGCACCUGGCCGAUGAGCGAUCCCAGACGCCCGUCUCUGAGCCACGGCUGCGUAAUGGGCAAAAGGCCUCAGGGGCCCGCAACGAGUUGGAACGGCUUCAGCUGCGGAACCAGCUCAUGGCAGAGGAGUUGGAGGAGCAUGAGAAAGAGGCCAAAAGAAGCCACGACACCAAGCGUGCGGAGCCUGCACGCAUACGAGGCAAGUCACAGAGUGAGGAUGGCAGACUCCAGGAUCUCUGCCAGGAGCUUGCCGAGGCGGCCGCUGCGCGCUGGACACGAGAGGAGCGGCGCCUGGAGCAGGAAGUCUCGGAGGCAGAAGAGUCCGAUGCCAUCAUGAUGAAAUCAAUGAGGCAGAAGCUUGAAACCCUGAACGAGCGGAACGAGAUGCUUAAGCAGGAGCUUCGGAUUGAAGAGGCCAAGACCCAAAGCAAGACGCUCUCCUUGGAGGCUGCUGUUGGCCAGCUGCGUGCCGAGCUGAAGUGCUGGGGCGCGGGGAGCCCCACCAGCCCUACCUCAUUGCCUGGCUUUAGACGAGCAAGCAAUGUCAGCGAAGUCUGGAGCGGCCGCACUUCUGAAAGCUCCUCUGGGUCUCGUGGCUCUCAGGCCUCGCAUGGCUCGCAUGGCUCGGGGGCCAGGCUGAGGGUCAGGAAGGCCUCCCGGCGGCCUACCACAACUUUUAGGCCACUGCAGCAGCUGGUUGCUGCAGAGAAAGCUGUCACAGAGCACGACGGGCCGGCAGAGGCUACAGAAGCUGCCAACCCCACUAUGCCCUCACUGCACUCCCUCCGAAGCUCUGUCUCGGGCCUCAUGGAUGAUGCGCUUCUCCGCGUGGGCGAGCUACUGCAAGAUGCGGGCGAGGAGCCUAGGGUAAGCAAAACAGGAAGAGAGCCUUCGGAGCUACCACAAGACGGUUCCAGUCCUGAGCCCUCUGGGCUUUCCGACAUGUGGAAAGCAAGUAGCCGCGAGAGUGCUUCUGCAGCUCUGGCCCAUUUUGGUGCACUUCUCCAGCAGCAGGUGAGCAGCGCUGCGGAAUUGGCCGCCACAGCAAUGCCAAGCGUGUCGAGUCGCACUUAA